AUGUCCUCUUCCUCUUCAUCAUCAGCCUCAUCGUCCACAAACGAAACAACAGCACCAAUCAAUAACAAGAGUUAUGAAAUCGAAGGAGUAGGAUUUGCAGUGGAGCCUUUACGUAAUUGUCCUCAUUUUCAUGAUCCUAAUCACUUCAACAUGCCGCACAAUGAUCGGAAAGCUUUAAAGUCUCUUUUCGCAGUCAUGACAAAACAAGGAGAUGAAACCAAUGCUUCUGCUCCUUGCUCCGUGUGUGGAGAUCGUAUCGAGAACUGGCUUUGUCUUCAAUGCCAUUCCGUUUGCUGCAGCAGAUACAGAAAGGGACACAUGAUGAAUCACCAUGAAUCUACCCAUCAUUCGAUGGUGUUGAGCUUGGCUGAUUUGUCCAUCUUUUGUUAUGCAUGUGAUGCCUAUGUUGAAAAUCCAGACUUGACAAGGCUCAUGAUGAGAGAAUUGCACUUUGCAAAGUUUGGCGACUAUCCCGGAGGCCGUGAUGCAAGCGUUGAAAUCGGAGAAGCCAUUGAGAGAUUGAAGGUCGACCAAAGAAAGAUCAAGGAACAGGAUGAAAAGGAACAGAAAGACAAAGAUACCUUGUAA